UUUUUCUACUUUUGUAGAAAGUCCUGAAAAUCAGACUACUACACUGAAGUGACACGGUGAAUACGAUGGCAGCUCAAAUAGACAGAGUCAUGGCGAUAAGUGAAUGGGAGGGUAGAUGGCAGGAAGGAAGGAUUGGUUUCCACCAACCUCACAUUCACCAAAUGCUGAAGGAUAAUCUAGAUAAAGUCUUGUGUGAAAGACAGCAGGUUCGGUUUUUCUUCCCUCUCUGUGGUAAGGCUGUAGACAUGAAAUGGCUGGCUGACAUGGGUCACGUGAUUGUCGGGGUUGAGAUUUCAGAGAAAGCGAUAAAGCAGUUUUUUGAAGAACACAGCCUGGAGUACAAAGAAGAGCCAGUGGUAGCUAUACCUGAAGCGAAGGUGUUCAAGAGUUCUGAUGGAAGGAUCUCACUCUAUCAGUGUGAUUUAUACAACUUCUCCAGUGCCAUAGAGGGACAGUUUGGAGGGAUUUGGGACCGGGGUUCUCUGGUGGCCAUAAACCCAUGUGACAGACCAAAGUAUGCUACACUCAUCAGGUCCUUGAUGGACAAAGACUGCAGGUAUUUAUUGGACACACUGGAGUACAAUCCUGAACUGUACAAAGGGCCACCAUUUUUUGUGCCUGAAGAAACUGUGAAAGGUUUAUAUGGUGAUUCUUGUGACAUCAAGCUGUUGCAGAGUAGAGACGUCUUUGAAGAAAAACAUAAAGGAUGGGGAAUAGACUCACUAAUAGAGAAGGUGUUCCUGCUGAUUCCAAAAGCCACCUUGAACUAACACACUUUUAGGAAUGAUUUUUAACAAGUGAAAAUGUCUUGCAUAUUUUGUACUUUUAGUAUAUGGUUUUAAAGGGGAUGUCAAAAGUUCCCAGAGCACACACUCGACGUGUUUGUAGGUUUUUAGUCUUUGUCUGGUGAGUCAGUCUACAGAGACUACAGAGUCUACAGAGUCAUCAUACCUUGUGGAAGUGUGUGAUAGCUUAAUUGUGUCGUUGUUUUCAAAGGUCGAACAUGUGACAGACAGACACCCCACCCCCCACCACUGCAGAUCAGAGCAAAGAAUGUGUGUGAAAUUUUGUUUUUGCUCGAUAAAACUGUUAUGCUACAGCAAGCUUUUCAUCACAUUCUGGUGUGUUCAAAAAGAAGAAGAAGAAGAAAAAAAAAACACUGCGACAAUACAUCUGCACAAGCACACACACACACACACACACACACAUAUAUAUAUUUAUAUAUAUACAUAUAUAUAUAUAUACAUAUAUAUAUGCAAAUGUAUCCCCUUCAGUCUCAUUUUUAAUUUUGGGAACAAAAUACACUGUGUGUCAGUGCUUUGUUGUGUUGCAAGAUCCAUUUCCGGGUGCCAGCACAAGACAAUCUAGAUUCUUUCCCCUGUAGACAAGUGUGUUAAUGUCAAAAAAAACGUGAUCAUCAUUGUCUUGAUGUGUGAUGUGACCUCGAGUGCUUUUGUUGCCUUGGAGACAUGCCGGGACGCGGUGGUCCUGAAAAGAUUGCUCUAGAAUAGUCACAGUUUGGAUAUCAAAAAAAAUAAUAAUUCACACAAAUUCUUUGUUCUUCUGCCAUGCAAACUGAACAACAAAGAAAAUACCACAGUCACCAAAGUCACACACAUACACAACCUUCCUCAAAAUCCUCAACAUCCUCAUAAUUCCCCUUAGAAUCAGGCAGUAGAAAUGAUUCAAUCUCAAUCUUCUAUUCAUUUGAAGACUAGUUAUAUGUGAACAUGUUAAUCAUCAUGGCAGAAUUACACAUCUAACAAUUAGCCUUAAAAUGGAGAAAACCUUUCAUGUCCAAAUCAUUAAUGCAUACAGUAUUUUCAAAAAGGUGACACUGCCUCAUGAUCACAGUGUUGAAGUUGAAAAAUGAAUCUCAUUAGCAGAAUGAACCUCAUUAGAGAGCAACAGACACCUGAAAUGAUUACAGUCAAACCACUUUUCCUUAAUUAAUCCAUUAAACCUAACUCAUUAAUGAAGUUUGUUCCACAAACACCUGGUUCUGAUGAAGAACACACAAGAUAUUUUUAUUCUUUCAAUAUGGGUUUUUUCCAUUUUUAAGAAAAUCACAGGAACCUUUUAACCCACAUCACAUGCUCUGACACAAUAGUGAUGUAUAUAUUCCCAUGAAUUGUUUGAUUAUCAGCUAGAUAGUGUGUGUACUGCUACACUUCAGAGAGGAUUGUAGUAAAAAAUAAAAGACAAGACAAAAGAUGGAAAAAUAAAUCAAAUCUCUACUGUCUGCUUCUGUUUUUUAUUUCUUUUAUCUUUAUAGUUUAAUUUCUAAAUAAAUCUCAACAUGAAGAGACACUAACCAUUAGAUGGGCUAUGAGGAGAUUAUAUAUGUGGUUAUAUAGGUUAUAUAUGUGGUUGUUUACAUUUAUGCAUUUGAUCUACAUAUGUGAAAAGUUAUUUUAAAUAAAUCGGAUUUACUACA